AUGCAGCUUCUAGCCAGCAUCGCUUCUGCACUGUCCUCGCACUGCACUGCACUGUCCUCGCACUGCACUGCACUGUCCUCGCACUGCACUGUCGAGAUGUCCACCGUGAAUAGCAGACACAACCCGCAAUUGGUGAAUGGCGACCAACACGACCUCCACCAUGGCUACAACGACGACAACAAGACCGCCUGGAAGGCAAUGGCCACCCACUGGGAAGAGUACCACUCGGAGAACGACAUGGACGGCAACGACAUGUUCACCCAGUGUCUCCUGCCUGUUGUGCAACAGCUAUCGAACAUGCCCGCGAAGGGCGCAAAUACUACCUGGUGCCCGCGAGUCCUUGAUCUGGGCGCAGGCAGCGGCAUUAUCGCGCGCAUGAUGGCGAGAGAGGGCGCUCACGUUACCGGACUUGACUACUCACACGAAAUGAUGGACAUGGGCCGGAGACGAGCUGCCAAGGAGACUAAUUUGAAAGGAAGUAUCACCUAUGAUCUGAUCGAUCUAACGGAUUAUGAGGGCAUGGCAAAGUUCAUGCAGAGCCACGACCGAUACGACAUUGUGACCAUCAGCACAACGUUGAAGUCAUUACCAACUCUCGAGCCACUCGCGAAAGCUCUACCUCUUAUGAUAAAUCCUGAGGGGCGCAUCGUCGUGGUUGAUCUUCAUCCUGCAUUCUCGAAGCCUGCGGGUCACCGUGGCAUGGAGAUCUACGAAGAUCCCAAGACUGGCAAGCAACAGCUCAGCACCUACAUCAAAGUGCCACGGUACUUGAACAUUCCACCCACCAAGAGUGAGGCCGUACGCGGUCAGCCAGAGCCACUUUGGGUAUUCCACCGACCGUUCGGAAAGCUCAUCGAGCCAUUCUUCCAAAACGGUCUCAUCCUGGACGCCAUGCGCGAGCCAGCAUUUGAGGGAGAGCCAAUGCCAUCACAGGCACAAAACUACCACAACUUCCAACAAACCCCCAUGCUUCUAGGAUUCCGAUUGCGACUGGCAGAUCGUACUGCAGUACCAAAGGCAACAGUAAGCUGA